ACGGCAGAACGAUGCAGGGCACCGGCGAUUACUAUCAGAGGGCGCCAAGAUGUUGUCCAGGAAGGAACCAAAAUACCAACGCCGAUACGCUAAGGAUCAGCGCGUCCGUCAGAGGAGCGGAACUGUUGUGCUGCUGCUGUAGCUGUAGCACCGCGACGUCCACGAAGACACCGGGCUUGCUGGCCAGCCUCGGGGUCUGCGUCCUCGUGUUAGGUUACACGUUGCUGGGAGCGUUCGCGUUCAUGGCUCUAGAAGGAGGUCUGAAGUCGGAUUCAACGAACGACCUGCUAGUUCCCGGCUCGAAAUCCGAGGGAACGUACGUGGUGCCGAGUCUGGAGGACGACGCCGCAGCCAUGGAACUGAGGGCUCGCACCGUCGAAAGACUUUGGAGCAUCACGGAGGAUUUGAACGUGUUGUACAAAGAGAACUGGACGCGACUAGCGGCGAGAGAAGUUUUCGAGUUUCAGGAAAACUUGGCGCGUGGUCUAAAGAGAACUUCUUCGCAGUACGAGCCGGUUGGAACAUCGUCACGAUCCAGGGAUCAUUCGAUGGAGAGGAGACCGCAUCGGAGAUGGACGUUUAGCGGUAGCCUGUUGUAUUCGUUAACGUUGAUUACCACUAUCGGGUAUGGCAGCGUGGCACCUCGCACGGUCUGGGGUCGUUUGAUCACGAUAGUCUAUGCUCUAGCCGGGAUUCCUCUGAUGCUGGUCUAUCUGAGCACCGUCGGCGACGUACUCUCGAGGAGCUUCCGUCGCUUAUACGGGCGGCUUUGUAGACCACGAAAUUGCGCGAGGAAACAACAACCGCCUCCUCCGCCUCCACCAGUCGGCGGUAUCAUGAGCAAAACGUACAGAUACGACAACCACGUAGACUCUAAGACCGGUAAUUACUACUCGGCCAGCAGGGAGAGCUCUUGCGACGACUUGGGAACCAGAGGCACCAGCAGCGCGAUCCUGCUCGACUGUGGAAGCGAAGGUCUGCUUCAUGCUACCACGAGCUCUACCGCCGCCCUCCAGGAUGCAGGAUCUGGAAACGGUAAACGUCACUUUCACCCCUGCUCGUUGUCCCUGUCGACUAGCUCGUCUCCGGGCUACGUGGUGGAGACAAACGCCGUCAGGAUACCGAUCAGUCUUUGUCUGGUGAUCAUGCUGAUCUACAUAUGCGGCGGCGCUGUCAUGUUCAAUCGACUGGAAGGUUGGAGCCUCCUGGAAGGUGGCUAUUUCUGCUUCACUAGCCUCGGAACUAUCGGUUUCGGGGACCUGAUGCCAGUAGGAAGAAACGCAGCCUCCACCACCCUGGAGGAGCUCAGCCUGUGCGCCUGCUCGCUCUACAUACUCGCCGGGAUGGGCCUGAUCGCCAUGUGCUUCAACCUCGUCCAGGAGGAGGUGGUACGCGUGGUCAGGGUCUUCGGUAGAACCUGCGGCAUGUCGUCGGGGGUGGUGGUCGGACCUAUCGGUGGUACAGCAGGUACCAGUCCUGGGCUCAAAGGGGAUCUCGACGAUGGCGGAGGCACCAGCGAUUCGCGACUGUCCGAGCAAGAAGAAGAAGCAAUCGCCAUGUCCAUGGUGCCAGCAUCCUGACAGCAUCAGGCCAGGAGUCCCGGUGACGGGAAGCUCCUGGCCCACUCGUCCAACACUGCCAUAAAACCAUCACCGGGCCAUCAUUCCCUGCCGCGCAAGAAGACACCCUCCGAAAUUAGAAACUCCUCGACCCAGCAAUUCCAACGUGCCCAAUCAUUGAGGCGAAGUUGUUUGUCGCCCACCCAGUACCAUCAUCAACAGCAUCAUCAUCAACACCGUCAACAAGAGAGCUCCCUGCACUUCGAGUACUUCGUGCCCCGAAGCGUCAGCGAGUUCAAUCUGGCCGCUGCUGCGGUCACCGAUAUGGCGGUACCGCCGCCGCCACCCACUUCCGUUCUGCGACCAUCCUCCGCUGUCACGCCUCCGUUGUCCUCGACGGUCAAUCCGAUCUCGUCGAAUCAAUCUAGGCUGUUAGAAUGUUCAGGAACGGCGACCAGAAGCAGAGAGAAGAUGGUCACGUUCGAGGACGAAGGAAUGAACACCUCCACGCCUACCAGGAAAAACGUUUCCGGGCUGGACAAUGUUUUCAUGUGACGCUGCAAUCACGGUUGAACUUAUAAACGGACAUUAGACAGGCGGAAUGAUCUAGCGAGGAUCUGGUUAGAGUAUUUAACGGCCGGAUUAAGAAUGAUUAUGUUUAUUAUGAAAUUGUCAAGAUUUUAGGGUACUUUGAUGGUCGAAUGUAAGAAUAGUUUCGAAUAGGAUUGCUGGGCGAUGAGAGAUCGAAGCGAUCGAGCUUCUUGGAGAAGAUUUAAAGGUGUAUGAUCAACGAGCGACUUGAAUGAACUAUUUUCAAUAAAAACAGCUUAGACAAAAACUCGGAUAAAGCUUGAACAAGAUUUGCUUGGCCGGGAGUUGAACGAAACUUCGAUUAAAUUUCGCCGAGACUUAGAGAUAAUACAUAUGACUCGAUCGAGACUCGAAAAUCGAUGGGCAACCUUGAUCUUGAAGGAUAUCGUAUGGAAACAUAGGAAUCAUAAGGUCAUAUCCUUAUGAGUGAAACGAAAAUGGAACGACAGAAGCGUCGUUCGAGGACAAGAGAAGAAAGCAAAAGUUACAUGUAGAACUCGAGCAUAGAGUUUCAUACUCCGAGAAGACGCGUACUUCGAACAACGAAGCUGUCUCGAACGAGGCCAGGCUCCUUUUCAAAAGUUCAACGGCGAAUUUGUUCGUCGUGACGAAAGACACUAGAUUUCUAUCGUUUACAUUAUAACUACCGUUACUGUAACACUAAUUAAUACUCUUAUCGCUGCUGAUACUCUUCUUCUUACCAUUAUCGUUGCUAGAUUACGCGAUACGAGCGAAAUCGCGAUUUCAUCGAUGAAAUUCUGAGAAUUCUUGGAACAUACGCGAUUGCACUGCCUCUUUCUCUCGAUGAACAUCUUCUAUAAGAUGAAAUAAUCGAAAGGGAGAUAGUUCUUCGCGAAAGAAUACACAGGAAUUUCACGAAGCAAAUAUGUACACAGAUUUUUUAAAUCGUCGCAUCGUCGAAUAGGUAUUAAAAAAAUAAAAAGCAUAGAUUCGUUAAAAUUUACGAAAAGAAUUGUGUUUCGUCUUUUUAUUAUGUAUUUCUUCGCAAAAAACUGAAUCUCUUUCGUACUAUGUCCCACCGGGGUAUACUUAUAACAAAAGACACACAGUUCUUUGAAGAAUAAACGCUUCAAAGGAACCAUGAGUUUUCAUACUGUGUACUCUAUUCCCUCGAGAAGCAUAGUUUCCACGAAAACAUAGAACAAAUUAUGACAAGAAAGAGGUGACAAAAGAGAGGAAAGAAAAGAAACACGCAGCCUUAAAACGCGCUUCGCGGGCGCUUCAAUUAAUAAUAUUGUCAGAAAAAAGACGGUUAAAAUAAAAUAUAAAAAAAAUUAUGUGCAUAGCUACGAGGUGGGACUGUCCUAAUGUAAUGGAUAAGAAACUCGUUCGCUUAACUUUAAUACGAAUCGAUAAGCCAGUGUCCAAAUAAAGGUAAUUAUAUAAACGAGAGAUCGAAAUUUUCCGAGUACGAACGGUUUUAGGAUCAUAACGGAUAAUGUCCACGCGAAGCGACGAUUUCGAAACGAACGACGCCACUGAAUUACCAGGUUUAAUUAUGGAGCUCAACGAGUGUUCGGAUACGCUGUUUCUACACGUGAUUCACAACAUUGAAUGAGUUUUCAUUAAAAA